GUAAUAAACCUGAGAGAAACAAACAACCCUAAUUAAAAUUCUCAUAUUCAUCCUUUCUUCUUCUUUAAUAAAAACACAACAAAUCAUCCUCUUCAUCAUCCUCUUCACGCCUUGAAGUAGAAGAAGAAGGUAUAAGUUACUAACUAAUGGCGGAUCUCACAUGUACGAUGCCGUUUGCGUUAUAUCCAUUACUCGUCAUCAUCCUCUUCUUCUACUCCCUUAACCACCGUAACGGAUUUCUCUCCUCCGACGAUCCUUCUUGUCAUCUCUCUGUCUCCUCGCCGUCUUCUCCUGAAUCAGUUCUCUCUUACUUCAAACUCUUUCCUUUGCGUUCUUCUUCAUCAUGUCUUACCACCACUCUCAACAACUCGUCGUCAGUGGUAGAAGAAGUCGAUGAAGCGGCGGAGAGAAUCGAAAAAGGUUUGGCGAUGGCAAGAGCAUCCAUAAAGAAAGCAGGAGAAGAGGAUCCCCGUCUUCGUCGUGAUCGGAGGAACGGUUCGGAUUCUGGAUUCGCAUCAAAUGGAUCUAUCUAUCUCAACGCUUUUACUUUUCAUCAGAGCCACAGAGAGAUGGAGAAGAGAUUUAAGAUAUGGGCAUAUAGAGAAGGAGAGGCUCCUCUGUUUCACAAAGGUCCUCUCAACGAUAUCUACGCUAUCGAAGGCCACUUCAUGGACGAGAUCGAGAACGGGAAAAGCCGUUUCGCAGCAGCUUCGCCGGAGGAAGCAACCGUGUUCUACAUCCCUGUAGGGAUCGUCAAUAUCAUACGAUUUGUCUAUAGGCCUUACAUUAGCUAUUCACGUGACCGUCUCCAGAACAUUGUCAAAGACUACAUCUCUCUCGUCUCUGACCGUUACCCUUACUGGAAUCGAAGCCGCGGUGCUGACCAUUUCUUCCUCUCGUGUCACGAUUGGGCACCUGAUGUUUCAGCUGUAGAUCCAGAACUAUACAAGCAUUUCAUCAGAGCUCUAUGCAACGCCAAUGCAUCAGAGGGAUUCAAACCGAUAAGAGACGUUUCGUUACCUGAGAUCAAGAUCAAAUACAGCAGACUAGGGUUGACACACAACGGAGAGCCACCGAAGAACCGCAGACACUUGGCGUUUUUCGCAGGAGGGUCCCACGGAGAAGUACGGAAAGUGCUUUUCAAACACUGGAAAGGAAAGGACAAAGACGUCCUCGUCUACGAGUAUCUCCCCAAGUCCAUGAGCUACACGAAACUGAUGGACCGAGCGAAGUUCUGUCUGUGUCCGAGCGGUUGGGAAGUGGCGAGUCCGAGAAUCGUGGAGUCUCUUUACUCUGGUUGCGUUCCGGUCAUAAUAGCUGAUUCUUACGUCCUUCCGUUCAGCGACGUGUUGAACUGGAAGAUAUUCUCGGUUCAUGUCUCCGUGGCGGAGAUACCGGAGAUUAAGAAGAUUUUGGAAGCGAUACCGGAAGAAGAGUACUUGGAGAUGCAGAGGAGAGUUCUUGAGGUUAGGAAACACUUUGUGGUGAACAGACCUUCGAAGCCGUAUGAUAUGUUGCAUAUGAUUAUGCAUUCUAUUUGGUUACGUAGGCUUAAUGUUCGUAUUCCUCUUUAAUAGUGGAUACUAUAUAGUGUUGUACUCUUUUGAUAGAUAAUAUUUACUGCCAGAUUACUGAGACUAUGACUUCUUCUCG